GAAAAGGGAAAAAGGCAAAAUCUCAAAGGCUAAACCCCAGCCCAGCAUCCAUUUGCGGGGAGCAAGAGAUGCUUCCGCUGCAGCGUUCAGUUCCAAUGCUAAAUACUUGCAGAACUUCGUUGUAUUUUCCCAAGAUUUUCUCGCUUUUUGCAAGCACCCAUUCCUUAACAUCACUUACGACGUUAUCUUUUGCUACCACCAACAAUUCUCGCCCACUCAGGACGCACAAAACUCGAGCACUUGGAACUACAGCCUCUGCCGCCGCCGGAAGAAAUGGAAGCGACGCCGAUACGUUCUUGGCGGAAGAAAGCGUUUCGUGGGCUUGUCUUGGAGUUUCGGAUUGUGUCUCACGUGCCCUUUGUAAUGUUGGGCUGCAUAGACCCUCUCUAGUCCAGGCCGCCUGUAUACCAGCCAUUCUUGCAGGAGCUGAUGUCGUUGUUGCCGCAGAGACAGGAAGUGGUAAAACUCAUGGAUACUUAGUGCCUCUGAUUCACAAAUUAUGCAGCAAAACAGACGUGUCAGAAGGAGCUUUGGAUGAUGUGAAAUUGAAGAAGCAUCACCAUGUUUCCCUUGUGCUCUGCCCUAAUGUGAUGCUGUGUGAGCAAGUAGUUCGCAUGGCUAACUCCCUUUGUGAUGGUUCUGGUGAGCCACUUCUCAAAACUGCCGCCAUUUGUGGCCGUCAGGGAUUGUCAGUUAAAGAACCCGAUAUAAUAGUUUCGACGCCAGUUGCAUUGCUAAACUACCUUUAUGCAAUUGACCCCGAAAAACGUAGACGUGCUGAUAUUAUACGUGGUGUCAAAUAUGUGGUUUUUGAUGAAGCAGACCUGCUGCUAUGUGGGAGUUUUCAAAACCAAGUAAUCCGCCUUAUAAAUAUGCUUCGUUUUGAUGAGAAGCAGUUGUCUCGAUUGCAAAGUUCAGAUGCUGGGGCAGAUGAUGCUGCUUCUUCUCCCACUAAAGCCUCUGAUACAGAAGAAGAUGUACAAGCAGAUUUCAUUCUGGAGGAAGUAGAAGAUACUGAUGACACAUCUGCUGAGGACUCUGACACUGAAUCUAAGGGUAGAAACAGAAAAGACUGGAGGAGGGUGAGAAAAUUAUAUGAUCGAAGUAAGCAAUACAUAUUUGUUGCAGCCACCCUUCCUCUGAAUGGGAAGAGAACUGCUGGAGGAAUUUUGAAACGGAUGUUUCCAGAUGCCAGUUGGGUUAAUGGGAAUUAUCUCCAUCGCCAAAAUCCAAGGUUGGAGCAGAAGUGGGUUGAAGUUACAACUGAGACGCAGGUGGAUGUACUUAUAGAUGCUGUCAGCAAUGGACUUAAAACCAAUAUGGAUUCUGCUUCUGGAGUAGUUCGGACCAUGGUGUUUGCAAACACUGUCGAAGCUGCUGAAGCCGUUGCUAAAAUUUUGACAGGAGCUAAUAUCAAAUGUGUGCGCUACCAUAGCAACAUCUCUCUGGAAGAGCGAACGGAAAAUUUAGUUGAUUUCCAGGAGAAGGGUGGUGUUUUUGUGUGUACUGAUGCUGCCGCCCGUGGCCUUGACAUACCUAAGGUUUCACAUGUUAUUCAGGCGGAAUUUGCUGGUUCUGCUGUAGACUUUUUGCACAGAGUUGGUCGGACAGCCAGAGCUGGUCAACACGGCCUUGUCACAAGCCUUUUUACAGAAUCAAACCGAGAUCUUGUUGCUGCAGUUCGUCAGGCUGAAGAAGUGGGCUUACCCGUGGAAAAGGCAUUUAGCAGAAAGAGAAGUUUCAGAAACAAACUUAAGAAGAGAGGUCUCAGUCAACGGAGCGGUGCAUCAUCAGUUCGACUCCCGCUUCCAGCAUAAUAGCUAAUUGAGACCCAAGAAGGAGCUUGAAACCAUCUGCAUUCUUAAGCUCACAUGCUGUCAAGAGCUUCCAAUACUUCAGGUUUUUGCCAAUGCCUAUGCCGAAAUCAGCUCUAGAUUAUUCUGUCUUAACCUCUGAAGAUUGGCUGCUUCUGCGUGAUUGGUGUGGAUCUAAAUGCUCGCUGAUUUCAUUGUGUUCUUACCAUUGGUGAAAGUUUUCAGUUCUGUCCAAUUUAUGUAUAUAACAAAAUUGGAAAACUGCUGAUUAGAACAAUGUUUAAGGAAUAUCUUGUGUUGAAUUAAUGUCACAACCAUUCUGUUUUAUGAAACAAUGAAGCAAAUACAGUAAUAAUCUUUGA